UAAUAUACAGAGGAUGGAAUUCAAAGUUUUUUUCACUUCUGUAUAUUAAUUGUCAUAGCAGGGCCCUUCCUGACUGGUCAGUUUUCUAGUUUAACUUUAAAAAUUGUUGUGAAUUGUUUUUAAAUCUAAACAUACCUUUUUAUUUAGCUAGCCUUAUAGUAAUUCUAUUCUAAAGUGAAAUGUACCUCAUGUACUAUGUACAGAUUACUCAGUACUUUCCCCCGGACUGCAUUUUACGGAAGACGUUACUGCUUUAGACUAGUCUAAUUAACGUAAUUAAUGUCACCUGGUAUCUUGUUAUCAUAAACUAAUAAUUGUUUUAAUUCAAUUGCAAUAUAUUGAAAGUACAUGUAUAUGGAUUAUAAUAGUUGUGAAAAUAGAUUUAAAUAGAUUUUGUGUGUAAAGAAUGUAAAUAUCUACGACUUCUGUGAGCCUCCUCUUAGACAGACAGACAGACAGACAGACGGACAGACAAACAGGAGGUCUCUGGCACCGAAUGACGCCCUUUGAAAAUCCUAAUUUCACCGUUAAUCCUCUUAGUAUAAAUUCCCAACAGACAAUGCACCGGUGUCCAUGCACCACUGCAUUUAAUCCGGCGCAGUACUGAAUUAGAUUAUCAGGCCUUAUCAGUUGUGUAUCUUUUUGUAUGAUGGUGUUUACACUUUCAUCCUAGUGUCAUCUGAGCUUAUCUUUUAUGGACUGUAAAGUAGAUAUAAGUAAUUCUUAAGGAAGGUUUUGAUCUAUUCAUGCAGGUGAAAAUAUAUACCCAGUUCAAAUAAUAUCUGCAUUCAGGAAGUAUGAGAGAAAAAAAGAAGUCACUUGGUGUCUUUAGAUAAAAACAUAUGUCCUGUUGUUUGUAUUGUUGUUAUUGAGGAAGAUUGAUACACUCAGUAGUCAGUAUUAAUGCAGUGCUGGGGAUCUCCAGGCUAACUCAGGUCAAUGUGGUGACUUCAAUGAUUAGACAAGUCAAGUUGUGAACAGAUAUCGAGGAGAAUUAUGAUUGACCGAGGCGUUUGAGGAGUAGCACGGACUUAGUGAGGAUGAACGAUGCUGCAGAGGUGACUGUUGUUGUUGUUAGUGCUAAAGGCUUACAGAGCAAGAGACAAGGAAAAUGUAAAUUCUCUGUACUUUUUGGGGUUGGCUCUAAGAAAUACAGAACAACAGUGGUAAAGGAUCCAGAUGGAAAUCCAGAAUGGAACGAGGAAUCCACCAUACAAGUUACCAACCCCCUGGACCAGGUCUUUUUCAAAGUGACAGAGAAAGAAGACAUCCUUGGUCAGGUGAAUAUACCUGUCACCAGUCUCUCAGGACCACCUGGGUACACCACCAUAGUGUCCCUACAGCCCCACAAAAAGUGCCCCAACCCCAAGGGAGAACUCAUCUAUAGGUGCCAUGUAUCCCAGUAUAGGCAGGCGCAUACCCCGAUCAUCAAAACAGGGAGUCCCAACAGUCUCCCGACAAACAUCUUCAAAAGGAGGUUCAGCAUUGACAGUUCCUCUAUCAUCAACCUCAAGAACGGCAAAGAGAGCAAACAGGGGGGAGGGUCCAAGUUAUCCACCCUCCACAACAAAUUCUCCCGGUCCAUCCAGGAUAUUUUUAGCUUUGAGAAAUUCCAUCAGAAUGAGGAGAAUGAUAAACAGGUGAAGAGCCCAGUGAUCACCUCGGUUACCCCGUCAUGUGGUCUGAUAGAAGGAGGCACCAAGGUGACCAUUGAAGGCAGAAACUUAGGCAUGAGUAAGGCAGACAUUGUGGACUUGACUAUUUGUGAGUGUGAAUGUGUCAACUCUGUGGUAUGGGAAUCCUCCAAUAGAAUCUACUGUACGACCAAACCAUCUCUGGCAGGAAUCGGAAACGUGGAGAUAAAGACGGAAUCUGGCGGCAUUGGUCGCCUAAGACAGGCCUACAGCUAUGUGGAGGAACUUCCCCCAGAGGGAGAGGUCAGCUACCCCAAGGAUGAUCAGACGGACGGACGGCGAUCGGCCAGCGACAGUUUGCCCCCAUCCCCCCAGACACCCAAGAAGACAGUACAGAAAUCACAUUCCUGUAGGAUAAAGAUUAUUUUGCCCCGGGCCGAGAGCACUGAGAAUGUUCAAGGAGACGGACAGCCAAAGAACCACUUAUACAAGCGGCGCGCCAGUGAUGGAAAUAUUCUAUCCCCAUUCUCAAAGUACAGUCAUGGACCCCCCAGUCCAGAACCACCACCCUCCAUGGACCACCUCCUCUGUCAGAUAGAGAAACUGAAACUAGAAAAUAUAGCGCUACGUCAGGAAAACAAGGACAUGAAGUCGUAUAUUGACCGUCUCCUCCCUAAGGUCAUAAUGAACUGUCCUGAGGCUCUGGAGGCGGAGAGAUAUCUCAACAAAACGGGUUAUUAACAUUGCCAAGGGGCCAAGUGCAUUAAAAUCAACCUUAAAGAAACUUACUUAAUUUGAUAAACUAGGUCACUAUGCAUAAUUUACGAGUCGAUGAACUGUAGCACCACCUUAAACCAUUCCACACAGCCAGACACCACCUGGUGACAGAUGAAACUGUCAGGGAAAGAUAACUCCGAACAAGAGGAAACAUGGCCAACAGUCAGAAGGUGUAGCAUCACUGUACGAUAGGAUUGCAUGGGUACAUGUUGAGUGUGUGUGUAUGUGUGUGUUGUUUCCUUUUUCUAUAUUUUUUGUGUGAAUUCUCCAUUUGGAAUGUGAUUAUGAGGCUGUUUGGAUAACUGUUAUUAAGCAAUGAAUUGUGAUAUUUUACAUUGAUGGAGAAUUGUGAUAGAUUUUCAAACCAUGUUUUUACCAGAUUUUGUAAAUAUGACUGUGAAUAUAUUUUCAUUCAUGAUGCCCUAAGGUACUCUAAUUGACUAAUACUUGCUGCAUAACACAAUAAGUUAUUUUGUGUAGUUCUACAAAGUAUUCAUCAUCUUUUAUGUUUGUACUUUGCUAUUAGUAUUUUUAUAAAAAAUAGAGCCAAACAAGAAUUUAUAAUUUAUUGACAUGAACUUUGACUUGUAUUUAUGCAAAUUAUAGAGUUGGAACUAGAUCUGAAGGAUUUUUUUUUUGGUGGCAAGUUUUAGAUUUGGUUGUGAUUUUUUUGUUUACAAAAAAGAAGUUGAAGAUCUGUAUGAAUCUUUUCCAGGGUUUGCUUUUUUAAUUUUGAUUUUUUUUUAACUUGGAAGGAUUGCUCUAUAUUUUAGAAUUUAGAGUGUCCUUGUUUUGAUAGUGCUAUACAACAGGUAUCUGUGUAUAUAUGUGGAUCUGUAACAUAUCACCUGUACAGGUAAACUGUAAACUGGAUUUUACCGGUAUUGCCUUUACACCUAACAUAUCUUGUUUAACUCAUUUAUAGCUUCAAGCAUUAUUCAACAUUGUGCAGUCAAACAGUUUUUCCUCUCACUGUCUCGUAAUUUGAUACAGCAAUUGUUUGGUUUUAAGUUUGUUUUUAAUUUUCAAAAACAAAAAAAAUGCUAAUUAUUAAAACCUGUUAUGCAACGUACAUUACAAAUUUUGUGUUUUGUAACUCUAAGAGAAGUAACUUUAAAAUGCUGUCACUCCCCAGUGGAUAUGGAAUACCUCACUAACAAACAAAAAAUGGUCCAAAACAACAAAAAAACAUCAACUACAAACACUCUUAUUUUAUGCCACAAAUAAGAAAUAAUACCAAAAAUAAAAUGAAAAUAGGGUUAGUAAGUAUAAAAAAUAUUUCCAUAUUUUAACUUUAAAAAUUAUUGUGAAUUGUUUUUAAAUCUAAACAUACCUUUUUAUUUAGGUAGCUUUUUAGUAAUUCUAUUCUAAAGUGAAAUGUACCUCAUGUACUAUGUACAGAUUAUUCAGUAUUUAUUUCCCCAGAGUGCAUUUUACGAAAGAAGGCAUUGCUUUAGACUAG